AUGCCGCACCAGUCACCACCUGCCAGAAUAUAUGGGACCUAUGACCCGGAGGAUCACCUUAGUGCGUUUCAGAUUCUGAUGCCCUUUGUGGGGGCAUCUAACGCUACUAUGUGCAAGCUCUUUCCUGCCACAAUACGGGGGGCAGUAUUCCAAUGGUACAACCAACUACUCAAUGGGUUAUUCCACAAAUUUGAAGAAUUUGCCACCCUCUUCUGCGCUAAGUUCUUCGCUCAGAAAAGACCUAACCUGGAUGCCUCACACCUCAUGAACACCAAGCAAAGGGAAUAUGAGACCCUCAAGGAGUAUUACGCCCAGUUCAGCAUGAUUGUUGUCGGGGGUUACCACUCUCUGUACAGAGAAUGCCACACAUGCCCUCAUAUUUGGGACCAAUAA